AUUCUUUCGAGGGGGCAACGGCUUCCCGGAUGAAGUGCGCGCCAAAGGGCAAACAGCACGACGGGAACUACCUAAAAACUGGCCACGAGGAGAUGCGAAUGCUGCUGCGCAAAAUGCGCGCGACUAUCUUUGAACGCGAAUUCUGGAUGUUCUUGGUGUACAGAUCAAUUUCUAAGUGAACUUACUUGAACUUCUUUCCUGCUUAUCAGGAGAAGAACUCUGAUCAUGUUGGGAUAUUUAUAUAUCAUACCUAAUUUCUAUUGCCUCAUAAUGAUAAGAAAGAUUUAGAUCAUGCGAAAUAGGAUUGAACAGCGAAAAGUUCUAUUAUUACAUACACAUACACACUCGCAUGUCCGUGAUCUAUGGAGUGCUCCUACGGGAACGCAAAAUGAGCCACUAUCUAAUUCAUAGAAUAUUAUCCAUCCCUAGUUCUACUUGUCCACCUUAUUUCAACAACUUACUUACUUUGUUCCCUGACAAGUUACAAUUUGUAAUGAUGAAAGACAGAGGACUGAGUAGAAGAUCGGAGAAGCAUCUUCAGAACUCAAGCUACGCUCAUCAAAGACUUAAAAACAAAGAUAGAAACAACAUCAACAACAUAAAUUAGAAAGUUUACUACACAUCACAUAUAUAACUUCAUUACCGUUUAUUUUCAUCGAAUGUACAACAUGAUUAUUUCAUCGACCUCAUAGUCAACAUAUAUAGAUAGCUGCAUCAAUCUUCCGAGAAGUUGUAAUACUCAACGUAUCUUCACGUCGGAGUAUCUCGAAAAAAUGCAUCUGUAUCGAAUCUAACCUUAGAAGUCUUGGCAUAUUGACGCAUCCAUGAUCUACAAGAUGCGUGACGAGUGACUGUGGCCAAGAGUUAACGAACCAUGCUAUGUCGGAGAAAGACACGAUACUUUUUCGCAAAUUCGUUGCAAAAAAGACAAAGUUCAAAACACAAGAACUAAAGCAAAUACAGCAAAAUGUGCGUCAAAUUGCUGAUCAUCAAGCACAAGCAGCGAUGUCGUGACAAUCUUAUUGCAGGUGUGCGCAAUCAUUUUGUUGUCGGCUUCAACAGAGCAAACUGGCAUAUAAACUACCAAACUGCAUGCCCUUGCACUAACUGCAUCGGCGCAAGAAAAUAAGUAAAUGUUCCCUUGACGUGACGAGUGAAUGGUAAUGAAUGGAUGAGCAGGGAGAUUCUCCCUGUGGAUUGUGAGAGCAAAAAGAUGAUUGCCAUUUUUUUUUCAGCGCAAAAUAUACAGCGGAGCAGAGAGAAGUAAAGUAUGGCAUUAGCAACUCGAAGCACCAGACAAGAAAAAAAUCCGUCGAGGAAGCUCCGCUGCUGAAUUCGCUCCAAUCGACGAGGACACGAAGUCGAAACUUUCCGCCGUCGAGCUGUGGACCACAAUGCCUGCACAAGAAGAUCAAAUUGCAGAUAUCAGCAUACAGGAGGAGACCGUGCGUACUUUAGUGAGCGGAAUACGGAAUCGGUUGGAACUGCAAGAUAAUGGACUGAAAGAACAUUAUGAGCACGACAAGAAGUCUUGUGAUGUUCUUGCAGCGCGACUGGAGGAGCAGAGCAGGGCAGCUCAAGUUUUCCGAUUUCAUAAGGAUUUGGUGCACGUACUUGCCCAACAUAAAGAUCUUCUCUCAGCUGCUGCUCAAAACGCGUCCAAUGGUACUUUGCUUCGUUUAGAAGAUGCCCUGGAGUUUUCUUUUCUUCAUAUCCGCAUUGUAAAACUGUCAGUCUGUUCUUCCUGUUACUGAAAAUCAAAAUAUUAAUUCCCCUCUUUACUUCGUAGUUCAUGCUUUCAGGAACAGAACAAGAGCGACCUGCGUUGACACAGAGUUUUGACCAUGCAACGGACACAGAGUCAGCAGUAAAGGCAGCAUUUGUAUUACCUUCUGACCGUGUGACAGAAGCAGAAGCAGGUUGUGAGGUACUACCAGCGUAUAGGGAACCCGCCUGCUCUAAUGAGGCUCAACGCAUCGCAAACGAUGGCGCAUACGAAUCUCCAUACAACGAGGAUGAAGUUGACGAAAAUAAAGAUGAGGCGGACCAGGAAUGGCAAUCUAGCAAAAAGCGGUUACGAGAUGCUUGCCAAGCCUUGCAAGCUGCUUCUACAGCAGGGACACCAUACAAUAAGGGAGAUACGCAAAUUUUUAACCGUUCUUGUGUUGACAAGGACCAGGACGACGCACUAUCGGACUGUUGCGAUACGCUACCACCUUGUAGUAAAGAAGUUCCUUUUUCAUCGGGAAGCGAAAGCGACGUACAGCACGCACUUCCUUCACCCGCUAAGCCGGAAGUAGGUGUUUCUGAACGAGGUGCGAGAAGGAAAAGUGGUACUGCUGCUCCUACUCUGUCCAGCAGCACGACUAAUUAUGGUGCUGUUGUACCUGAAGAUUCGUCAGACCCUGGUGACCAUAGGAACUCAGCGUGCUUUCAAUCUGCAAGGCAGGAGCAGGAGCAGGGAACCAUUCGUAUCGUGCCACCCGACGAAAUGGUAGACGAUACAUCUUCGAGUACGUCCAUGCUGAGAGGAGCAGCAAUGCCGCAAGAGGACAAAGCGCCUUCAAUACUGGGACAGCACGAUCAAGUAUAUCCACAUCCAGACAAGGACGAGAUGGAUAGGCACGUGCAGCGACCAAACGUCGUCGUACAGAAUGCGCUCGAUGGAGAAGGAGGCGACGAGGAUAAUGACGUCUCUACUGGCACGGUUGCCUCACGGAGUACAUCGCAAGUCGACCUGAUGGGCCUCCUGGAACACUUUCCCGAAACUUUAGGGGCUUUAGCAGAGCAAGAGCCGGAACUAAUCCAAGCGUUGAGGGAAGAUCGAGAAUACUAUGGAGCGAUCUUGAAUAAGCAAACAGUUUCCGCUUCUUCUUCUUCAGAAUCAGGAGUUAUACCUAGUAGUAAUACUACUGCUUUUUCGCCAUCCUCUUUAAAGAUAGCGCGUGGCCGCCUCGCCUCAAUCCGGGAGGAACCGAACACGGCUGAAGAGGUGCUUGCUGAGGUUGAGGAGAAUGUAGCGGCUGAAGAUGUUGAACGACCUGCAGCAGUACCAGUACAGGACGAAUGCUUAGCGAGCGACGUCGUGCCUCGACCAGGCGGAUCGAAGACGGCGGCUCCUACUCACCGAGCAGCAGCGCAGCAAGAGAAUCUUGAACUUGACUUGGUGCAGCGGGGUACCUCGUGGUCUAGAAGAGCGCUCGGCAACUUUGUUGAAGACGACGACUUUUUUUACAUGGACGAGCGACAACAAGGCGAUCAGGAUCUAGUACAGCGACUUAGUAAGUACAGUACACUCGAUGUUGUCGUGCAACAGCAAGCCAACGUCGCAGCAAAAGGCCGGAAGGGAUCACCUCUGUGGGCACAGCUGCAUAAAGAACCAGGUGGCACCGGGAGUCAAGUCUCAAUGAAUAAAGAGCAGAAAGCAAAUAUGGAGGCUGAUGUAGAGCAACCACAACAACAAGUACAACAGCAUUUGGAGUCGGUUUCUGGCGAGGCAAGAACGGAGGUAGGCGGUGGCGGUCAAGAAAAGAAACGCAAACGCAGCGAUAGCAAGUUAGAGGCAUCCACUCUGAAGCUUCUGAUCGAACUGCGAGACGAACUGCGGAUACGGAACGGUCAUUCACGAACUGCAGCUUCUAGCAACGAUAAAGUGGUACGAGUUAUGUCCAUCUUUCAUGAUUGGUUUUUACAGAGGUUUUUUCGCAGUUUUUUACUCGAAGAUGGUGACCGGUGGGCAAAUGUAAAAAUGACAAAUUAAUAGGAAAUUCAACGAGGAUACUUCUCGACUAAACUUCAUGGCUCUAACGGUCAUGUGGACAACACUACGACUAGAAAGCGAUCCGCUAGAACGAGGGCGGCGCGUGACGCCGUUGAAUCACCAACGUCGCUGUAUGUUGUCGAUGGAGACGGGACAGCAACCCCUGUGUAUAACUCCUGCUCACCGCCGACGUCUUCUCGCUCUGUGUCGAUUUUUGGCGGGAUUUCGACGCCCGAAGCGGCUUCUCCGCGCGCUAGAACAAGCGCACUUCGUGCGACUUCUGGGCGUUCAUCUUCGCCGAGAAGAAAGAAGAGAAGCGCACUCGGAAUACUCGCAUCGCCACCGAAAAGAACGUAUCUAGUAUUAUUUUCUAUCAUACUUGCAGUUGCAGCUUCUAAUGACGGCAUUUUUUAGCUAAGCAUGAUUCAACAUGAAAAAUCGAGAAUCGGAUUGCGUUCAUCUUCUUUGCAGAGUAUAUAUAAUCAUCUGCCUCCGAUAUCGAGAUCACCUCGUGGUAUCAUGAUCCACUCUUCUCUUGGUUCAGGAUCGUGUCAUCGUGUUCGCAGGAUACAAUCUCGACCGACAUGAAGAUCGCGAAGAUGUCCUCAACAGCUCUUGCCGGGCCAGUGAAGCGUGGGCAUUCAUUUCGACCUGUUCCGCGAAGCAGUCGAGCCCAGGACGUCCAUCAGCGCUCGAGGGUACCCGCACCGAGUACGCCAGCCCCCAGUGAACAACGGCGACAAAUAUACCUUAGCAAUGCGCAUCCACACCAGAUUUUACACUGUCCUACAAGAAUAGCAGCUAGCGUGCCUCAACAGCAGAUGCAGAACAACAACCCGCCGACUGGUACGACUGCAAACAAUACUCCUGCUCAGUCGCAGAAAGUCAGCAGCACGAUGUUGAGUAUCAACAAGACGAAUAUGCAUACUGCGACGCAGACGCGUCGGUCAUUGCCGGAGCUGACUAAAAUGUCGGUUCGAGAAUGUACGCGCAUUGGUCGAAGGCUGAAGGUCCCGAAAGUCUCUAUUUCCCAUAGUGAAGAGCUGUUGGAAACACUGCUUGCGGAAUCAUUAUCCUCAAAGAACUUGUUGAACUUGAAGAAAGACACUUCUAGUACAACUACGAACUUGAAGAAAGACAGUUCUAGCACUACGAAUGAGAAGGGCCACCAGAUGAGAUGCCAUGAUGAUGAUCAUGAUGAUAAGAAACUAAAUUCGUCUCACCAGAAGAAGAAGUCGGGGUCGUCGGCGAGAAGGUCGGCACCUCAGGAGCCUGCACGUCCUCCCGUCCUUGCCACUUCCCGUUCGGAGUAUCCAAAUGCUCGCCCAACUACGAAACAGCGCAAGCCCCAGGAAGAGCAGCCAGGAUUUAGUUGGCAGCAAAACGAAUCUAAAGGAAGAGCACGUGCACAGGAUAAACAAGAGAAACGGUCUGUUCAGUCGUCCAGUAUUAACCGUCCCGGGUGUCGUGAAAUUGAGAGCAUUAGCUCCAGUUGUAAAGCGGAAGGGGAAGAUGCUAGUAGAAGUUCCUCUGGUGGUGCUGGUGCUCAAAAAAUUAGAAGUGGUGACCCAAGAAAGCAGCUUUCCAGUCCGACUUCGCCUUCUCCAGUAUCUCACGACGGGAAGCGGGAGAGGCUCGGGAGGAGUCAAUUACAACGAUAUGCACCUGCAGCGCGCCCUCUUCACGACCAUGCUCCCAAACUCAAAAAGAGCGCAGGCCGAGCAACAAAGAUUAGGGCACCCUCAACACUUCGAGCAGCUCGACAGAAUUGCUCUGUUGUACUAGAAGAUGAAAAUUGCGUUCAUCAUACCACGAACACCGGAGAAAAAGAAAACGAAAGCAGCACUUUUUCGUCUUUUUCAUCGUCUACUUCUUCUAGUGCUGGUAAGAAAGCUAAGACAGCGUUGGGGCAGCCACAUCCACUCUCGAUCAGUAAGAUAUCGAUGAAGACUACAGGAAGCAGCCCACCCCCAAGAAAAAAGCCUAACAUGCCUCCGAAACUCGGUGACGACCACUAUGCGGCUUCCGACGGUCGUCAGACACCAGCUACACACCAUCCUCCCCGCACUGGUGUUCUACUACAGAACCAAAACAACCAUGAUGACCAUAUGAAAUUCCUGCAUAAACAAGUUGUAGAUGAAGAUUCUACAACGAUCGACACGAAACUGAGGGAGAGGGACUGCUUUCCUGCUCUACUGAGUAGUAUAGUAAACAACACUUCCGCUAAAAUGGAUACUGGAGCACUACCUCGUAGAGGAUUCGUGGACCAGGUGGUAGGGUCCACCUCCGAUAAAUUGUUUGAAGCGGCAGAGGACGACCAUGACGGUGAACUGGAUUCCUUCGCAGCAGGGCUCGGAGGAGACCAAGGCUCAACGUUUUCUCUAUCCCAAUUGAUCGCCGAAAAUUUUGGAUACUCCGCCAAUAUGACUUCAGCGGCAUGCGCUUGCACGCCAGGCACCUGCUCCCAGAAGCUAGUAUGAUCUGGUGGUGGCACACUUGAAUAUUAAUGGGAAAAGGUCGUCAUCGUCAAACAGCUUAGGGUUUUUUUGUAGACACGACCAGUUCAACUUCAACUUCAAGUUCUUUUAUUUGUAAUUGCGGGUGUUUUCUGUUAAUUUUUACAUUAUCUUCCAUCAGUUAUUCAAGGUUGUAGAGCACUUCUUGUAUCGAAAUAUCGACAGCCUGCGCGACAAGGCUUGUCUCCUUGAGGUUGAGUAACGCAAAUGUUUAUACUUAAAGAUGAUAAACAUAAAAAUGCUUACACUCCCAGAUUGGCAGCGGAUUAAUACAGAGGUUGACUCAUUCAUGUUGAUCAUGUUUUAGAACAUGGUUGUUGGUUAAAUUGAGUUCUUGUAUCCUCUAUACCUAACGCGUAGCAGAUCUCCUUUUUUUGUUCUUGAAUCACGAACAGACACGGGAAGCCCAUCGAUCUAGGUCGCAAACGCAGGCUGUGAUGUUUUUCCGAAGGAAGAACACCAUUAUGUUGAGACAGAGUCGCGACCAACUUGCUUUGAACUUGAAAUAAUAUAUAAGCCACUGGAACUUGUACUUCUGUUGACUUUGAAAUUGACUUGUCAUUGGACUAGUGAAGGUUUUAUCAUUACAGAUAA